AUGGGCCAAUGCUGCACCACCGGCGCCGCCCAGGCUGCCGCCGUCGACGCCGCUGCCGAGGCCGAAGCCCCGGGCCCCCCAAAGUCCGACUCCCCACGCGCCGGGGCCGACGCCGCCCCCAAUGCCAAAGCGGACACCAAUGCCGCCCCCAAUGCCGAUGCCAACGCCAAAGCCGCCCCCAAUGCCGACGCCGACGCCAAGCCAUCAUCGUCUUCCUCGGCGCCGGUGGGCGAGGUGCUCGGCAACCCGAUAGAGGACGUGCGCGCGACGUACACCAUCGGCGAAGAGCUCGGGCGCGGCCAGUUCGGGGUGACAUACCUCUGCACGCACUCCAUCACCGGCGAGAAGCUGGCCUGCAAGACGAUCGCCAAGCGGAAACUCUCCGGCAAAGAGGAUGUGGAGGACGUCCGGCGGGAGGUGGCCAUCAUGCGGCACCUGGCGGGGCAGCCCAACAUCGUGGCCCUCCGGGGCGCCUACGAGGACAAGCACAACGUCCACCUGGUCAUGGAGCUCUGCGCCGGCGGGGAGCUCUUCGACCGGAUCAUCGCCAAGGGACACUACACGGAGCGCGCCGCGGCGUCGCUGCUCCGGACCGUGGUCGGCACGGUCCAGACGUGCCAUGCCAGGGGCGUCAUGCACCGGGAUCUCAAGCCGGAGAACUUCCUCAUGCUCAGCCGGGACGAGUCCUCCGCCAUCAAGGCCACCGAUUUCGGGCUCUCCGUCUUCUUCAAGGACGGCGAGACCUUCAACGACAUCGUCGGCAGCGCGUACUAUAUCGCGCCCGAGGUGCUCAAGAGGAAGUAUGGGCCAGAGGCCGACGUGUGGAGCAUUGGUGUCAUGCUCUACAUUUUUCUCUCCGGCGUGCCGCCGUUCUGGGCUGAGACGGAGAAUGCCAUCUUUACCGCCAUUUUGCGCGGCGAGGUCGAUUUUGUCACUGAUCCUUGGCCUAGUAUCUCUAACGGGGCUAAGGAUCUCGUCAGGAAGAUGCUCCAUGUUGACCCCAAGGAGAGGCUCACCGCCAUCCAAGUCCUCAAUCACCCUUGGAUCAAGGAAGACGGAGACGCGCCCGACACGCCGCUCGACGACGUCGUGCUCGACAGGAUGAAGCAGUUCAGGGCCAUGAACCAGUUCAAGAAAGCUGCACUCAGGGUCAUAGCCGGGUGCCUGUCGGAGGAGGAGAUCAAUGGGCUCAAGGAGAUGUUCAAGAACAUGGACAAGGACAACAGCGGCACCAUCACGCUCGAGGAGCUCAAGAAUGGGCUGGCCAAGCAAGGCACCAAGCUGUCAGACCAUGAGAUUCAGCAACUGAUGGAAGCUGCCGACGCCGAUGGCAAUGGAUUGAUCGACUACGAGGAGUUCGUCACGGCCACGGUGCACAUGAACAGAAUGGACAGAGAGGAGCACCUUUACACUGCAUUCCAGUACUUCGACAAGGACAACAGUGGGUUCAUAACAGUAGAAGAGCUGGAGCAAGCCUUGCAGGAGCAAAAGCUGUACGACCCCAGCGAAUUCAAGGAGGUCAUCUCCGAAGCCGAUUCUGACAAUGAUGGGAGGAUAGAUUAUUCAGAGUUCGUGGCGAUGAUGAGGAAAGGAACAGGUGGCGCCGAGCCAUCGAACCCGAAAAAGAGGAGAGACCUAGUCCUAGAUUGAAGCAUUAAUUGCUACGGUGUGUAUACCUGCAGAAUACAGAGUUGUAACUGUAAUGUACCCAGCUGCCUUUUUGAGGAGCGAUUUACCACGAAAUUUUGCAAAAGUUUACAUAGAAAGCAGUUCGGUUUCCCGUAGGAUUUGGGGGAAUUUAUGUUGUUUGAAACAGGGUAUGGUUGGUUGGCAUCCUAAAUGAUGAGCAAGCGCUGAAGAUUACUGUACUGACAUAUGCUUGAGUAAGCAAACAUCUGCUGCUUAUCGAGGGUUAGCAAGAAGAAAGUUGAUGACAAGGUUAUGCUGAAA